GUCAAUAAAGCAUGGUUUACAGAUCACAAAAUUAGGAAACGAUUAGGAGUGCGUUUUUCUUUUGAGAUAACUUCAUGGUAAUUGCCUUCUUACUAAAAAUAUGUAAAUAAAUAGAUAUGUCAUCUCUAUACGCUCAAAAAAGAACUAAUUAUGAUUCUUCAUCGAGUGAUGAAGAUAUUCCACCGGUAAAACAGUCAAAACAAGUGUCUAAAUUGGAACUACCUGAUGUUUUUGCUGCAAACCUAGAUAGAGAUGAUUCAACGGAGCACUCAAACAAAUAUGAGGGACGUGUUCGUUCUUUUUCACACGUUGCCGGGAAUUGGGCAUCUUUUGUUUAUUAUAAAUUUGAUUUAGAUCAUUUAGAAGGCUUCUUUCAAAAGUUCAUUUCAGAGGCUCAAAUAUUAAAUAUUGAUCUAAAAUUAUUUAAGGAUUUUCAUUUAAGCUUAUCGAAAACUUUUAUUUUACAACAUCAUUUGAUUGAAUCAUUUCGUGAUGAUUUAGAACAAAACUUUCGUGAUAUAGAAACAGUAGAAUGCUUUUCUUCACAAUUGGAUAUAUUAGUAAAUGAUGAGAAGACAAGAUCUUUUAUUGUUUUUGAGAUGGAAUAUGAUAAAGAAUUUUUACAAUUAUCAACGAAUAUAGUUGAUAAAACAUUAGCCGAGUAUCAACUGCCAUUAUAUUAUGAAGAACCAAAAUUUCAUGUAAGCGUUGCUUGGACACUGGGUAAUCUAAAAGAAAACGGAUACAAGAAAUAUUUAAAUUUUGAAGAUUUAUUUGAUCUACCUGAAAAAGAAAAAUGUGGUGCCAUUGUUCCAGAAUUUUUGGGUUUACUUGAAGAAAGAUAUAAUCGAGUUGAUAAAAAAAGAUCAGCUAAAGAACAAAUAGAGGGUAUAGCAUACCCUGUACGAUUUUUUUUUAUGCUUGUUAGAGCAUGUAAAGGACCAUUUUUACUUGGAGGACUUUGCAGAUUAAUAGUUAUUGUUCCGGAUAUUUCAGCAUCAUUACUUUUGAGAGUUUUACUUCAAUUUCUUCAAAACUCUACUGAUCGCAAGGGUUGGCAUGGCUACUUAAUAGCCGUUACUAUAUUUUUGAAUAUGAUAGCCCUCGCACUUUUCCAUCACCUACAGUACAAAUGUAAUUACAUAUGUGGACAGAGAAUGAAGAGCAUUAUGACAUCUGCAGUAUUUAGGAAAUCUUUACGUCUUUCCGCAGCUGCAAGAUCUCAAUCAACUUCUGGUGAAAUAAACAACCUUAUGAGUGUUGACGCUCAAAAGAUUCAUGACAUGAUGCUAAACUUGCACGAAAUUUGGGCAUCACCUGUAACAGUAUUUGCUGUAAUAUAUUUUAUGUGGCAAGUAAUUGGACCAUCCUGUUUAGCUGGGCUUGGCUUUCUAGCUAUUAUGGCCCCUUUUACAGGUGGCUUUCUGGCGGCUAAAUAUGCCAAGAUGGAAGUUAAACAAAUGGCUUUGAAAGAUCUCCGUCUGAAACAUAUGAAUGAAAUACUAUCGGGUAUUAAAAUGUUAAAAUAUUAUGCAUGGGAAAUAUCAUUUGCUAAAAAAAUUGAAAAAAUAAGACAAGAUGAACUAAAAACUUUAAGAAAACAAGCCAUGCUUAAUGUAGGUUUAGGAUUGGUAUGGUAUGCAGCCCCGUUUUGUGUCAAUUUUGUAAUCUUUGCCACCUAUCUUCUCUCAUCCAAAGACCAUCGCCUUGAUGCCGAAAAAACAUUUGUAACGUUAAGUUUCGUGAGUCUGCUAAACUUUUGUUUAUCGUUUCUGCCGAUGCUACUUGGUUUCUCUGCCCAAGCGUAUGUAUCUUUAGGAAGAAUUUCUACACUCCUCACCCGAGAAGAAUUAGAUCCGAAUGCAGUCGGCAAUAACACAAACACCUUUGUUCACCAAAUAACCAUACAAAAUGGAACAUUUGCUUGGGGCGACACUGAUGCUAAACCAGUCUUGAAUGACAUCAACUUGAAUGUGAAAAGCGGUAGUCUAUUAGCUGUUGUUGGUAGAGUAGGGAGUGGAAAGAGUUCUUUAGCGUCUUCUUUACUGGGUGAAAUGAGAGUCCUAAAUGGUGAAGUCAAUGUAUCGGGAAGCACAGCUUAUCUAUCUCAACAGGCGUGGAUUCAAAAUGCUUCUUUGAAGCAAAAUGUAUUAUUUGUUAAUUCCUUUAACCAGGAUAGAUACGAUCGUACCAUUGAAGCAUGUGCUCUGAAACCAGAUCUUGAGCAACUACCAAAUGGAGAUAUGUCAGAAAUAGGAGAAAAAGGUAUAAAUCUAUCAGGAGGACAAAAGCAACGUGUUGCGUUAGCACGAGCAGUUUAUAGCAAAGCGGACGUUUUUAUUUUUGAUGACCCUUUAAGUGCAGUUGAUGCUCAUGUCGGGCAAAAGCUAUUCCAAGACGUACUUGGUCCUAAUGGUUUACUAAAAGGAAAAACAAGAAUUUUGGUCACUCAUGCCGUCAACAUCUUAUCAGAAUGCGAUAAGGUUAUUAUGUUAGAAGAAGGAAGAAUAAUAGGAGAAGGAAAGUUUUCAGAACUAUUACAAACCUGUCCGUCAUUCGUUAAUCUAGUAAAACAAGAAAAGUUGGAAGAUGACAGUGAGGAGGAAGAUGAUGAGGAUAAUGAAAUCGAGGUUCAAGAACAAGCAGAUCAAGUACCAAGGCUGAGAAGACAAUCAUCAAGGCUGAAAUCUGUCUCGUCAAUCGAGCCCGAUAGAAAGUUAAAAACUUCUGUAUCUCUUGCAGAAAAAUCAGAUAUUAUCAACGAUGGAAGAUUAAUAGAAGAGGAAACAGAAGAUAUCGGGUCUGUGAAACGUGAGGUUAUAGUGUCAUACGUUAAAGCAGGCAGUUUUAAGCUUCUUUUCGGUUUAAUCGCAACAGCACUUGUAUAUAUUGUAAUUGUAGUGUUUUCAAAUUGGUGGCUCAGUUAUUGGAGUGACAUGCCACAGAAUACAACAAGAAGCACCACUUUUAAAAUGCUUGGAAUUUAUGGAUCACUUGGAAUUGGUCAAAUAAUAUCAGUUGCUAUGUCUCAGGGUUGUGUGCUCCUUGGCGCUGUUCUAGCGUCGAAUAUUUUACACAAGAAACUCUUAUGGAGAAUUCUAAAAGCACCAAUGACAUUCUUUGAUACAACUCCUUUGGGAAGAAUCCUUAAUAGAUUUUCUUCAGAUAUGGAGAGAAUAGAUUGUGCCAUACCUGACAUGUCCACUUUUUGGAUAGGUUGCGUGACAACCUUAAUAUCAACUCUUGUGGGCGUUUCUCUAGCGACUCCUCAAUUUCUAGUCGCAGCAGUACCACUUGCAAUAUCAUACUGGUUAAUUCAACGAAUGUAUAUAAAAUCUGUUAGACAACUGAAAAGAAUUGAUUCUGUGAGAAAAUCUCCUAUAUAUGCUUGUUUUGAUGAAGCUCUGGCUGGAGUAAGUCUUAUUCGAGCAUUUAAAGUUUCUCCAAAGUUCAUUCAUAAGAACGACUCUUUGGUAAAUAAUUCCAUGACUGCCUGGUAUCCAAUUCUAAUCGGACAACGCUGGCUAGGAGUUGUGUUGGAUUUUAUUGGAGCCAUAGCUAUUAUCUGUGCAGCUAUUCUUGCAGUUUAUUUUAGAGAUUCUGGAUAUUUAACACCUGGAUUAGCAGGAAUGAGUUUGAAUUUCGCCAUCGAAACUUCUUAUUCAUUAAGUAUGAUGGUUAGAGGAUCAACAGAUUUAGAAACAAAUAUUGUUUCUGUAGAAAGAGUUCAAGAGUACUCUAAGAAAGAACAGGAAGCUGAUUGGAGAGUUCCGAGCAGAGAUCCUAUUGAUUGGCCUUUACAAGGAAGCAUUGAACUUCAAUCUAUUUGUGUGCGCUAUAGACCAAACUUACCUCUAGUUCUAAACGAAAUUAGUUUAAAGAUUAAUGCAGGAGAGAAAAUCGGAAUUGUUGGUAGAACUGGAGCUGGAAAAUCUUCAUUAGCAUCUGUCUUGUUCAGAAUUAUUGAAUUGUCAAGCGGUAAGAUUAUCAUUGAUGGAGUAGAUAUAUCAAAAAUUGGUUUACAUGCUUUAAGAGAAAAAAUAACUAUAAUUCCUCAAGAUCCAGUGUUAUUUGAAGGCACUUUAAGAGAAAAUUUGGAUCCGUUUGAAACAUUUAGCGAUGAUGAAAUAUGGAGAUGUCUAGAAAUAUCUCAUCUCAAAGAUCAUGUUGAAGGACAGUUAGAAAAAGGCUUAAAUUAUGAAUGUGGUGAGGGAGGAAAGUCUUUAAGCGUUGGACAAAGACAAUUAGUAUGUUUAGCAAGGGCCUUGCUUCGAAAAUCAAAAAUUCUAGUAAUGGAUGAAGCUACGGCGUCUGUAGACACAACUACAGAUUCUUUAAUCCAACAAACAAUAAGACAAGCAUUUGAAAAUUCUACCGUAUUAACAAUAGCGCACAGAAUCGCAACUAUAAUGGAUUAUGAUAGAGUUAUCGUACUUGGACAAGGACGUCUUUUAGAAGAGGCAUCCCCGACGGAACUUCUUAAGAGACCAGAAGGUGAAUUUUACAAGUUAGCAGUCGAAGCUGGCUUGGCUACUUCAUCAUAG